GGUAAUGAAAACAGCCUUCCCAUGGAAAUGUGUUCUACAUUUGACAUGGACGAAAUCAAACGACUCGGUAAGCGUUUUCGCAAGUUGGAUCUGGAUCACUCAGGAGCCCUCAGUAUUGAUGAGUUUAUGUCAUUACCAGAGCUGCACCAGAACCCUCUGGUUCAAAGAGUUAUAGAUAUUUUUGAUACAGAUGGUAACGGGGAAGUUGACUUUAAAGAAUUUAUUGAAGGCAUUUCACAGUUCAGUGUCAAAGGUGACAAGGAAUCCAAACUGAGGUUUGCUUUCAAAAUCUACGAUAUGGACAAAGAUGGCUACAUUUCCAAUGGUGAGCUGUUCCAAGUGUUGAAAAUGAUGGUUGGCAACAACCUCAGAGACACCCAGUUGCAGCAGAUAGUGGACAAAACCAUCAUUCAUGCAGACACAGAUGGUGACGGCAAGAUCUCAUUUGAGGAGUUUUGUGUAGUUGUCGGAAAUAUGGAUGUUCACAAGAAGAUGGUCGUGGACGUGUAA